AUGGCUCAUAGAUUAUUAAUGAAUGUGAUUUUCACAGGUGCUUCAGUUUUCGGUAGAGCUUUUACAGAAGCUUAUAAACAAGCUGCAAAAACAUCAGCUGCUGGAGCUGCAAAUAGACCAACUAAACAGUCUUCAUUAGGUGGAAUUACGGUUGAUGAAUCAAUGAAAAUAUUAAAUUUAGAAAAAAAUGAAUUAAAUUUAGAUAAAAUUAAUGAAAAAUAUCAAUAUUUAUUUAAUGUAAAUUCAAAAGAUCAAGGUAAUUCAUUUUAUUUACAGAGUAAAAUAUAUUAUGCAAUGGAUACAUUAAAGAAAGAAUUAGAUUAUUUGGAAAAACUACAAAAUGAAAAGGAUAAAGGUGGGAAUCCAAGUACAAAUUGA